AUGGCUUGUGUUGAGUUUCAAUAUUCUGAUCUUGUGACACUGUUUUUAUUCCAAGCUUUUCAUGAUCUUAUACCAUAUCUUGUGUUAGCCUUUUGUCUUGUUAAUGUGCUUAUUUGUUCAUCUUCUGGUGUAAUAUCUGAAAUGCUUAAGGUACAAGGAGGAAGUGCAAUGAGUAGUGGAUUGGGAGAUGUGUUUGAUUCACAUACUAAUCACCUUUCAUCUACUUAUUGUAAGUUCCUCUGCCAUUGGGAUUGGCUGAUUGACUUAGAAGCAAAAGAGACUGAGUUUGUAAAGAAAGAGAUGUGGCGAUCACAUGCUUUUAAAAGUCAGAACAGUACUGGCCUUUCUUCUGUCAUCCUUGAUGCUUCAAAUAAUAUUCCACAUCAGAAAUCUCUUAAAGAUAAUUGUUUCAUUUAUCGUUUUGUACGAUGUGGUCCAUCUUCCCUAUCUGAAGAUGGCGAUCCUUCUAAAGCUACAGCAAAUUAUUUAGAUCUGAAACUAAGAAGUGGAGACUAUGUGAUAUUGAGCACUGAAUCUAGCCGUCAAGCUAUUGCCAGUGGGGUGAUUACAGAUAUUAGUCAUGCCCAUGUUUCUGUUUCCUUUUCAAAGCGCCUGCGGAUUCCUGGAAGCACCUCCACUAGCCAAGAUCUCUAUAAACAGGUUUGGAGAAUUGAUAAGGAUGAAGGUGUGACUUCAUUUGCUAUUAUGAGGUUUAAUCUAGUACAGCUUUUUCUGCAAAAUGCUCGAAGUACUCAUCUGAGGAAAAUGAUUGUUGAUCUUGAGGCUCCUAAAUUUGACAGUGGAUCUGUGCUCAGUCAGGACCCAGCAAUAUCAUAUGUGUGGUCAGAGAAGAGUUUGAAUGAUGAUCAGCGUAGAUCAAUCCUCAAGAUUCUUACUGCAAAGGACUACGCACUCAUAUUAGGAAUGCCCGGAACAGGAAAGACAUCAACUAUGGUUCAUGCUGUGAAAGCAUUAUUAAUCAGAGGCACAACUAUUUUGCUGACAGCUUAUACAAACUCAGCUGUAGAUAAUUUACUUAUCAAAUUAAAAGCUCAGGGAAUUGAUUUUGUCCGUAUUGGAAGACAUGAAGCUGUGCAUGAGGAGGUUAGAGGACACUGCCUUUCAGCAACAAAUGUACAAAAUGUUGAUGAGAUCAAAGUAAGGUUAGAACAAGUUAAAGUAGUUGCAGUUACAUGUCUGGGCAUCACCAGUCCCUUGCUUGCCAACAGGACUUUUGAUGUAUGCGUUAUGGACGAAGCUGGGCAGACAACUCUACCAGUGUCCUUGGGCCCUCUCAUGUUUUCCUCAAUGUUUGUACUUGUGGGUGAUCACUAUCAACUUCCUCCGCUCGUCCAGAGUGCAGAGGCUCGAGAGAAUGGUCUGGGGAUAAGUUUAUUUUGUAGGCUCUCAGAAGCACAUCCACAAGCAAUUUCAGCACUACAGAGUCAGUACCGUAUGUGUCAGGGCAUCAUGGACCUGUCAAAUGCCUUGAUAUAUGGUGAUAGGUUAAGGUGCGGUUCCACUGAGAUUGCCAAUGCAAAACUUGCGUUUUCUACCUUAAAAUGUGCCUUGCCUUGGCUAAAAAAUGUUUUGAAUCCAUGCAGGCCAGUGAUAUUUAUUGAUACUGAUAAAUUGCCCGCUAUGGAGGCAAGAGAACAGAAGGCUAUAAAUAACCCUGUUGAAGCUCACAUAAUUGUUGAGAUAGCUAAGGCACUAAUAAAAAAUGGAAUUGGAGAAGAACAUGUUGGCAUUAUUACUCCCUACAAUUCCCAGGCAAACCUCAUCCGUCAAGCUGCUUGCAUGACAUCGUUGGAGAUUCAUACCAUUGACAAAUACCAGGGUAGAGAUAAAGAUUGCAUAAUAGUAUCUUUUGUGAGGUCCAGUGAAAAUCCAUCAAGCUGUACUUCUUUGCUUGGAGACUGGCACAGGAUAAAUGUGGCUCUCACACGUGGCAAGAACUCUAUCAAAGGUUCCAUUACUGAAGCUUCUCAUAAAAAAGGUUGAGGAACAAUCAGGUAUUGUUAGUUUGUCUAAGAAGGAUAUCUAUCAAAAAGGAGAGCUCAAAAGGUGCUCCCAGAUGAGAUGACCAACAAUUCAUUGCGCAUAAUUAUUUAGAUUCUUUUUUUUUUUUUUAAGAUUAAGGUUCCUAUUGUACAAAGGACUAUUUUUCCUUUUGUGAUUGACAAUGAUAACUUCUAUCCUACUUGAUGGGAUCACAUAAUAUAGAUAGCACGAUGUCAUUGUUUUCUGUCA